AUGGGCAUGAGCACAGCACCUAUGUAUGGGCAAUACCUCCCUAUAUUCUUUGCAAGAGACCAUUCCCUCACAGUCGAUGCUCCUUCUUGCUACAAAGGCACCCUUGAAACUUGGAAGAUUUAUUCUAGGACACGAGUGAACAAAGGAGAGGUUAAACCGCUUACUAGCGGCGAAAGAGCUUCUAUAUCGAAGUUCCACAUCUUUGUGACAAAGACGAUGCUAGUCUUUUCGACGAAUUACCUGUUGGAGGAAUACUAUAGGGACUUUUCUCUCGAGAGAUGGGGCAUAUCCGCUCUUAGCAGCAUUCCUCCUCAGAUGGACAGAGCAGAGCCUUAUUAG